AUGUUUAUAUCUACCCGCCUGCGGGCCUCUGCCCCAUCCGCAGUCAGAUCCAUAGCUUCAGCUUCAGCAGUAGCAGCAGCGCCUUCCAGAUCAGCUCUCCACCUACGAUCUUCCCUACUCUCCAGAAACUUUUGCUCGACCCCUACUCGCCAGAGAAACUUCUACCAGCGCACAACCCGCACCCUCGAAGACGUCUUCUACUUCCGCCAGCGCACUUGGUUCUUUUCAGGCAUCCUCAUCUCGAUCCUUGCCACCGUCCCAAUCAUAAUGGCUACCCGAGAAUAUAUCGCCCUCAGCGAUGCCGAGACCCUCACUGCCUUCACGCCCAGCGGCCAGCUGGAGAAAGAGAUCGAAGAAAAGAUCAACACGCACCCCCUCACGCUUUCUUUGCGGUCUAACCCUGACUUCACCGAGUCCCGCCCCACACUCAAGCUCUCCCCCACCUACCGCCCCUCCUCUCUCACCUCGGGGGUCCUCUCCGGGCCUAGAAAGAUCGUCGUUCCGCCCUUUACAUGGGCCGAGGAAGAGGGCAAGUCGAUGACUACCAUCAUGUAUCUUGGCGAGGACCUCUGCGGUCAUCCUGGAAUUGUGCAUGGUGGGUUGUUGGCGACAUUGCUGGACGAAGGAUUGGCAAGGUGCUGCUUUCCCGCGCUGCCUAAUAAGAUCGCCAUGACGGCGAGCUUGACAAUGAACUACCGCAAGCCAACCCCGGCGGGCAACUACUACGUUUUGAGGGCAAAGACGGUCAAGGUAGAGGGGCGAAAGGCGUGGGUGGAGGGGCACAUUGAAACGUUGCCGAAGGAUGGAGAGGAGCCGGUCGUGAUGGUUGAGGCGAAUGCGCUCAUGAUUGAGCCGAAGCAGGCGAAGCUUCUCAUGAGUAUUGUCCCACAGAAAUAG